UCAAAAUAGAAAAAUGGUGAUAAAUUGAGCUUGUUUAUCAUUUUAAGGAUUUUCAUUCACUGACAAUACAAAAUGGAAAAAAAUAUUUUGAGUAUAGAUAUUGGAACUUCGAGUGUUAAAAUUUCCAUAGUUGCCAUUCAUAAUGACCGAUCAAAUUCUUUUGAAAUUAAAUCACAAUCAAAAUGUUAUUAUGAUACUAAACGCAUACGUGCCAAUAAUCUACCAUCGAAUCAUUCACAACAAAAUGUUCAAGUAAUCUUUGAAACAAUUGAUGAUGCAUUAAAAUGCAUGGAAUUUAAUGUCCGAAUCGAUUCGAUUACCGUUUGUGGCCAAAUGCAUAGUUGCGUUCUAUGGAAUCAUCGUUUAUUUGUCGAUCCAUUUGAUCCGAAUAAUCUAAGAUUCGAUAUGAUUAGCGACAAUUAUGAUUGGACAGACGGCAGAUGUGAUGAAAAUUUUUUGAAAACAUUACCAACACCGAUUAGUUUUGCCGAUAAAGUUAGCUCUGGAUUUGGCUGUGCUUCAUUGUUUUGGUUGAAACGUUUUCAACCACAUUAUAUUGAUCAAUUUGAUCGAUGUGGUACGAUUAUGGAUUGGUUUGUAUGUCUUUUAUGUCGUUUGGAUAUUGUUCCAAUUAGCAUUCAGAAUGCUCAUGCAUGGGCAUAUUUUGAUCCAAUCAAACCUGGCUGGAAUUUAGACAUUUUGAAACAAGCUGAAUUUCCAAUUCAUCUAUUACCGAAACCAUUUGAAUCGAAUGUCAUUGUUGGACAAACACAAUUUCAAUGGCAUUCAAUUAUUGAACCAGGUAUUCCAGUUUAUAUUGCAAUCGGUGAUUUACAAGCAAUGAUGCAUUUGGCACUUAAAGAUAAUCCAAAUGCAAUUGUGCUGAACAUGGGAACAUCAGCACAGAUAUGUCGAUUACUUGUCGAUAAAGAUGGUACUUUGCGAAUACCUCGAAAAUCACAACUACCCGUUCAAUCAUAUGAUUAUUAUCCAUUUAAAAACAAUGAAUAUCUAUUGGUUGCACCAAGUCUUAAUGGUGGAAAUGUAUUACAAUCAUUUAUGGGUUUUCUUCAAUCGACUGUUAAAUGUUUAACAAAUAAUGAAUUGACCAGAGAAGAAAUCUGGGAUAAGAUUUUUCAUAAAUCUCCUGAAGAAUUUUCUAAUCAUGAUGAUAAUGAUGAUAAUGAUCAAUCAGAUGAACGUUUCAUAUCGAUUAAACCAACAUUGUUUGGUGAAAGACAUGAUUUAAGUAGUGUUUUCUCUGUAAAUAUAACCGGAGCAAAACAGCCAUCAUUAUUCAACGUAAUCAAUUGUUUAUGUAUUGAAUUAAUUCAAAAUGUAUUCAAUAUGAUGCCAAAUGUUUGUGAAACGAUUCGUAAUAAUUUCAAUCAAAAAAUAUCGACAAAAAUAAUUUGUACUGGUAGUGUAAUGGCUAACAAUCCAAUUCUUCAACGAUCACUGUUGAUAGUGAUAAAACGAAUUUUAUUGAAUGAAAAUAAAAGUGAAAACAAAAACAAUGAUGAAAUAACAAACCUGUUGACAUCAUCAUUAAUCGAUAUCGAAUAUGUUGACAAGUGUGAUGCUGAUGUUGGUUGUGCAUUGUUUUUAAUAUCACAAUCAACAAAUGAUACCGGUAUAAAUCAAUAAAAUAAAAAUAAAAACAACCACAUUGUCGUUGGAAUUAUAACACCAUGUUCAUAUUGUUUUCACAGCUGUCUAAAAAUAUUUUUGUUUGUGAUAAAUGUCUGUUUAAAUAAUGAAAUUCAAAUGAAUGGCUCAAUAUAAAUUCAAUGUUCCAUGUGAAGAAUUUGUCCAAAA